GUUUCCAAUGUGUUUCUGAAAAAUUAAAACCUUCUGGAAACAUUUAAGCAAAUGGAAAAUUUUGAGUUUUCAACCGAGUUUCUUCCGGGUUUACCUGAUGAACUCGGUCUUGAGUGCUUAUCUCGGUUAGCUUACACUGUUCAUAGGCUCGCGUCUCGAGUUUGUCAUCGAUGGCGGGAUUUGCUCCAAAGCCCAGAUUUUUAUUACCACCGAAAAAGACUAGGGUACAUCCAAAAAGUCGCCUUCUUGGUCCUAUCCUUUAACGGUGGAAUCGUGGAUGGACCUAAGAAAUCGGGUGUAUCUCCGAGAUAUGGAAUUGCUGUGUUUGACUCGGUGAGUCAGAGUUGGGAUAGACUUGCUUCGGUUCCCAAGUACCCAAACGGGUUGCCUCUGUUCUGUCAAUUAGCAAGCUGUGAGGGGAAGCUUGUAGUGAUGGGCGGGUGGGACUCGGUGAGUUACGAUCCCGUUACUGACGUUUUUAUCUACGAUUUCAUGACUCGGCAGUGGAAACAAGGGAAGGACAUGCCAUCCAAAAGAUCCUUCUUUGCAAUCGGAGCAUGUUCGGGUCGGGUGUAUGUCGCGGGCGGGCAUGACGAGAACAAGAACGCCUCAAGAAGCGCGUGGGUCUAUGACUUGAGGAAGGACGAGUGGACUCGGUUGGGGGAGUUGAGUCAAGAGCGAGACGAGUGUGAAGGCGUGGUGAUGAUCGGAGAAGACGAGUUCUGGGUGGUGAGUGGAUAUAGAACGGAGAGCCAAGGCCAAUUCGAUGGGAGCGCCGACGUGUACGGGAUAAAGUCCGGUGAAUGGAGGCGGAUCGAAGGGGUUUGGGAACCGGGUCGGUGCCCGAGAUCGUGUGUCGGGAUCGGGAAAAAUGGGAAAUUACUAAAUUGGGCGGAGGUGAACCCGGUUGUCCGGGUCGGAGCAUGUGGGAUAACACUUGGAGGGCGGGUUUUCAUUACGGGGUCGGACUACCAAGGUUCGCCCCAUGGGUUUUACAUGGUUGAAGAGCAAAAUAGUAAAAUCGUGAAAUUAGAUGUACCUGAUGAGUUUUCUGGGUUUGUCCAAUCAGGGUGCAGUGCAGACAUUUGAUGCGGUGGAAUAAUGUCGUUGUAAUUGUUAUACGUACGAAUGUCGGCACAUGCACCUGGUCUUUUUCGUCUUUUUAUAGAAAAUGUAAAUAUUAUA